AACAAAAGCAUUUUUUUCUGCAGGUAUUCCAGGUGGAGGAAAGUGCUUUUAAGCAUAUUCUCCACCCCAAACAUGGAGUCUGUCUCCAAGAAGAGAAGAAGACAACAAGAGACAACUACAGAAGAAGAGAUGAAGAGGAAGAAGAUGAAACUUCUGGACAGCCAGGAAAGAACCGAAGAAAGAAGAAGCCAGGAGAGACAGCCCAUUCAAGCUGAGCGUCUACCGGAACACAUUAUUACCAACUAUGAGUUCCACUCGAUUCUUGGCCGAGGCACAUUUGGCAAGGUGUUUUUGGCUUCCAUCCCCACGAAGAAAGAACGCGUGGCUGUAAAAGUCAUCAGGAAGACACCCAAGGACGAGGAGAAGAAAACGAUAGAGAAGGAGGCCAGAAUCCUGAAGGUUGCUUGCGGCAGUCCAUUCUUGUGCCGUGGCCUUGCAGCCUUUCAGACCAAAGUAAGUUACUUCCAAUGCUGCCAUACCGUUUGGUUUACUAGUUGCCUAUCCCCAAAGCUCAGCUUAAUGCCAUGA